UUAACUGCGGUCACGCUUUCCUUUCGAGUUGUCAACUCAGCGACGUGUGCGUGCAAAUUGUUUAUAUUUUUUGCAAAAAUAAAUAAUUAAACGUUCAAUUAAAUCAUGGCUUCACAUCCGGUGUUUAUAGAUCUGUCGUUAGAUGAGCAGGUGCAAGAACUGCGCAAGUAUUUCAAGAAGUUGGGUGCCGAAAUCUCAUCGGAAAAAUCUAAUAAAGGCGUUGAAGAUGAUUUGCACAAAAUUAUUGGCGUCUGCGAAGUUUGCUUCAAAGACGGCGAACCAGCCCAGAUCGAUGGCAUUUUAAACAGCAUUGUGUCCAUUAUGAUUACGAUACCUCUGGAUCGUGGCGAGAAUAUUGUCCUGGCAUAUUGCGAAAAGAUGACCAAGGCACCCAACCAGCCGCUGGCGAAAGUUUGCUUGCAGUCACUGUGGCGUCUUUUCAACAAUCUAGAUACAGCGUCCCCGUUGCGGUACCAUGUUUACUACCACUUGGUGCAAGUGGCCAAGCAGUGCGAUCAAGUGCUCGAGGUCUUUACUGGCGUCGAUCAAUUGAAAUCGCAGUUUGCCAACUGCCCACCAUCCAGCGAGCAGAUGCAGAAGUUGUAUCGUCUGCUGCACGAUGUGACCAAGGACACCAAUCUGGAACUGUCUUCCAAGGUGAUGAUUGAGCUGUUGGGCACCUACACCGCCGAUAAUGCGUGCGUUGCUCGUGAAGAUGCCAUGAAGUGCAUUGUCACCGCUUUGGCCGAUCCCAAUACAUUCCUGCUCGAUCCUCUAUUGUCGCUGAAGCCUGUGCGCUUCCUAGAGGGCGAUUUAAUUCACGAUUUGUUGUCCAUAUUCGUAUCAGACAAAUUGCCAUCGUAUGUGCAAUUUUACGAGGAUCAUAAGGAGUUUGUGAACUCUCAGGGUCUCAACCAUGAACAAAACAUGAAGAAGAUGCGUCUGCUUACAUUCAUGCAGUUGGCUGAGAGUUUCCCCGAGAUGAGUUUCGAUACACUGACUAAGGAACUUCAGAUCGCUGAAGACGAAGUAGAGCCAUUUGUCAUUGAGGUGUUGAAGACGAAACUGGUGCGUGUGCGUCUCGAUCAGGCCAAUCGCAAGGUGCACAUCUCGUCGACUAUGCAUAGGACCUUUGGUGCACCACAGUGGGAACAGCUGCGUGAUCUGCUGCAGGCAUGGAAGGAGAACCUCAGCUCGGUUCGUGAAGGCUUGACGAAUGUUUCAUCUGCACAAUUGGAUUUGGCGCGUACACAGAAGUUGAUACAUUAGAAAUACCGAUUGCGAAAUAUCUUAGUGACGUCAAGAUCAAAUAAAAAGCACCGUAAAAAGUUUA